CCUCAACAUCAGAGAACUAGAGAAUCACCAGAGGACAAAGCUCUCAGACUCAUCUUCCGCCCUUCGACACAAGUCCGAAUUGACAUCAAUAAGGACUUUUCGCAUUGUCGUUUCUUUAGCAUGCGAUCUGACUUGGUGUCCUUGCCUUAAGCUCUAUCGUCAAGGAUUCAAUAUCAAAAGAUUCUUCACAUCAGAUACAUACCAUGCGGCCCUACAGGAGCGCACAGUCUCUGCUGGCUGGAGCUUCCAAAGCCACCAGAACAACAUCAGCACAUUGCUGUCGAAGGGAAAUCAGCAUUCUGAGCAACCCACUUCCAAGUAUUCAGUCUUCCAACCCCCACAAUAAUCAGAUCAACGCUCAUCCAACAUAUUUACCAAACUGCGUUACUCGCGGCGCCAAUCCACUAUCCUCCGCGACACAACGCCGCCAUGCAUCAUCAUCAACCCCGUCAAGUGAAUUGAGCAAGACGCCAUUGAAUGAUUUGCAUGUCAGUCUGAAUGCCAAACUGGUCCCCUUCGCUGGCUUUGCCAUGCCCUUGGACUAUCCAGAUCUUUCACAUCGGGAAUCCCAUCUCUGGACUCGGGCCCACGCUUCUCUUUUUGACGUCUCACACAUGGUUCAGCACAAGAUGUCCGGCGAGCUUGCAGAAGAAUUCCUUGCCACCAUCACCCCGACAGCUAUCAAUGAGAUCGAGAAGUACCAUUCAAGCUUGUCUACCCUGCUGAAUGAACAGGGUGGCAUUGUCGACGACACCGUCAUCACCCGUAUCGGCAAGGACUCCUUCUACUUCGUGACUAACGCCGGCUGUCGUGAAACCGAUCUGCCUUUCAUCGAGGCUCAGCGUCAAGCUUUCCUCAAGUCGAAAUCAGCCUCCGAAGACAAGAUCGCUUGGCAUGUGUUGGACAACCAUGCACUUUUAGCCUUCCAAGGACCUGAAGCCGCAUCUAUUCUCCAGGCCCUAGUUUUCAACGACACCGAGGAUGAUACCCUUGAUACCAACCUCGACACACUCUAUUUCGGCACCUGCCGUUGGCUCCAGCUGACCCUCCCUGAAACUGCAACCAAUACCCCAUCUCUCCUCAUCAGCCGUACAGGGUAUACUGGCGAAGAUGGCUUUGAGAUUUCCAUCCCUCCAGAGAAUGGCAAUGCCGCCGAAUUGGCCAUCUCAAUUGCCAAAGCCCUGACUGCCGAUUCAUCCAAGGUGCGAUGGGCCGGCCUCGGCGCCCGUGACUCCCUCCGCCUCGAAGCUGGAAUGUGUCUGUACGGCCACGACAUCAACGAUACUAUCACUCCUCCUGAAGCCGCUCUUGGGUGGAUCGUUGGCAAGUCUCGUCGUGGCGACAACCCUAAACCACCUUACAACGGACAUGAGAAGAUCAACAAGCAACUCGCUUCUCCUAAGACCAUGGGAGAACGUCGAGUAGGAUUCCUGGUCGAAAAGGGUCCCGCCGCCCGAGAGGGCGCCGAGAUCGUCGACAUCGAGAACAACAACGAGGUCAUCGGUCACAUCACAUCGGGAAGUCCAAGCCCGAGUAUGGACGGCCAAAACAUCGCCAUGGGAUAUAUCAAGAAUGGAUACCACAAAAGGGGAACCAAGGUCGGUCUCAAGGUUCGCAAGAACAUCAGGAAAGCCGAGGUGGCUAAGAUGCCCUUUGUCGAGAAUAAGUUUUAUCGCCCAGCUGCCUAGACUCCGGUAUUGGGUUCGGGCAAUCUAUUGUCUAGGUAGGCAUCUGUCUUCAACAUGUAGGAUGAAUCGUGCGUUAUAGUCAACACCAGUAUAUAUCCCGCUAGGGAUCGAAAUCCUCGUCUCAGAGGUCUCAUUACAAUGAAUGAAUGAGUUGAUUCACAAAUUUAC